UGUCGGAGGGCAGGAUUGGGAGGAGUUUCUCCCCUGCCCCUUUAAGGCCGUGUUUCCUGUCGGAGGGCAGGCGAGGGAGCGGCGGCGGCGGCAAUGAAGCCCCGGUGGCUCUGCUUCUGUCUCCUGGCGCUGGCGACAUGGAGCGCCCGCCGGUCGGGCGCUUACUUCCCGGAGGAGCGCUGGGUGCCCGAAUCCCCGAUGCGGCCUCCGCGCGUCCUCCUGGCCCUGCUCGCUCGCAACGCGGCUCACUCGCUGCCGGCGACGCUGGGCUGCCUGGAGAGGCUCCGCUAUCCCAAGGACCGCAUCGCGCUCUGGGUGGCAACGGAUCACAACGUGGAUAACACAACUGCAGUGCUUCGGGAAUGGCUCAUGAACGUUCAGAGCAUGUAUCACUCAGUGGAGUGGCGGCCGAUGGAUCAUCCCAGGUUCUACCCAGAUGAAGAAGGUCCCAAGGACUGGUCCAAUUCACGCUAUGACUAUGUCAUGAAGCUCCGACAAGCAGCUUUGCAGUCUGCCCGAGACAUUUGGGCUGACUACAUCCUGUUUGUGGAUGCAGACAAUCUAUUAACAAAUCCCGACACCCUGGGCCUUUUGAUAGCAGAGAACAAGACUAUCGUGGCACCAAUGCUGGACUCGCGAGCAGCCUAUUCAAACUUCUGGUGCGGGAUGACCUCACAGGGCUAUUAUAAGCGCACCCCUGCUUACAUCCCCAUCCGGAAGCGGGAUCGCCGUGGUUGCUUUGCUGUACCCAUGGUGCACUCUACCUUCCUCAUCAACCUACAGAAAGAGGCCUCGCAAAACCUUGUUUUCUACCCUCCCCACCCAGAUUACACCUGGGCUUUUGAUGAUAUCAUCGUCUUUGCCUUUGCCUGCAGACAGGCUGAAGUUCAGAUGUACGUGUGCAACAAAGAAGAAUAUGGCUUUCUCCCGGUGCCACUACGAUCUCACGGCACCCUGCGUGAUGAAAUUGAGAGCUUCAUGCAUGUGCAGCUGGAGGUCAUGGUUAAGAAUCCUCCCGUGGAACUUUCUCGGUAUUUGUCUCUGCUUCCCAAAAUCCCAGAUAAGAUGGGAUUUGAUGAGGUCUUCAUGAUUAACCUCAAACGUCGGACAGAUCGACGGGAACGGAUGUUGAAAGCCCUCUAUGAGCAGGAGAUUGAUUGCAAGAUUGUUGAAGCCGUGGAUGGGAAGGCAAUGAAUAACAGCCAAGUGAAUGCCAUGGGCAUCAAGAUGUUGCCGGGUUACAAGGACCCAUACCAUGGACGUCCACUCACAAAGGGAGAAUUGGGUUGCUUCCUCAGCCACUAUAAAAUUUGGAAAGAGGUUGUUGAGAGAGGCCUGGAGAAGUCUAUGGUGUUUGAGGACGACCUACGCUUUGAGAUCUUCUUCAAACGGCGCAUGAUGAACCUCAUGUUUGACUUAGAGGAAGAGGGCCUGGACUGGGAUUUAAUCUACAUUGGUCGGAAGCGCAUGCAGGUAGAGCAUCCAGAGAAAGCUGUGCCCCACAUCCGCAAUCUGGUGGAAGCUGACUACUCCUACUGGACCCUGGGCUAUGUCAUCUCCCUCCAAGGGGCCAAGAAACUGCUGGAUGCUGAGCCCCUCUCCAAAAUGUUACCAGUGGAUGAGUUUCUUCCAGUCAUGUUUAACAAACACCCUGUAACUGAAUACAUGGAACAUUUUGACAACCGGAAUUUGCUGGCCUUCUCCGUGGAGCCCCUGCUGGUUUAUCCAACACACUAUACAGGGGAUGAUGGCUACGUCAGCGACACAGAGACCUCCGUGGUGUGGAACAAUGAGAAUGUCAAAACAGACUGGGACCGGGCCAAGUCCCAGAAAAUGAAGGAGCAGCAGGAGUUGAGGAAUGAAGCCAGGAAUUCAGACGUGCUCCAGUCCUCACUUGACAGGACAGCCCGGGAUGAGCUAUGACCUCGCGUGGAUGCCUGAGGAAGGGGGACCAGGAGAGAGACAGCUCAAGGGGAAGCUUUUCUCUUCGUCUCAGGGUUGAUGGGUUGAUUCUCUCAGAUGUCAACGAUGGGGUGCAUCAUACCUCCUGGCAGUGCCUAUGGAAAGCCUCAGUCCUUUACAACCUGAGGAACCCUAUAUGGAAAUGGUGCCAUCUUCUUAGUUCUACCAUCUCCUGCUCUCCUGUUCUGUGUGCAAAUGUGGGGCAGAGGCAGUCCGGCAAUACUCAUUUGAGAAGUUUUAUUCUCUAAAUAAUAGGCCUUUUACCUGGAUUCUCUGUGUUGGGAGAGGGAUAUGUUGACCAGAUGCAGCUCAGCUUAAGCAGGUUUCGAUGCCAUGAUGCUCCAUGUCAGACAAAACCAUUUCACUGGGUUUAAGGCAGUAUGAAUAUUUCAGUUAAUUUUAUAUAAACGUUCUUCCAAAGACAGUUUCAUAUCUCUUUCCGGAAGAAUCUUGAUUUUUUUUCUCUCCUGGUUCCUUGGGUUAUGUUGAAGUCUCAAGUGUGGGCUACCAAAAGUCAGGCCUUAUUAGUCAACCACAGUAUGUUUUAUUCCGUUUUUUUCCCUCAGAGAAAAUGUUACUAUACUUAGGAACAUUCAAAGGUCAUGAAUCAAAUAAGUAAGUGUUUAGAAGAGAAUGGUAACCAACUCAAAUAUUUAAUGUAAUUUAUGUUGUAAAUUGUCUAUGGGAGGGGUGUCAAACCCCCGGCCUGCGGGCCAGAUGCGUCACGUGCUGGCCACACACACAUCCAGUUUAGGGAAGGGGGGAAAGGUCAUGAUACAUCAUGUGAUGCUGCCGUGACGACGUCAGUUUGAUACCCCUGGUCUAUGGGGUCUGACUUUUGGUACAGUUUAUUAAAAAUUCCCUUCUCAGCCCUAUGGGUGGUACGUAUCUUCCUCAAUCCGGAGUCUUCUACCUGAGACCUGGGAGUUUGAGAGUUCUACGUAGUGUCUUAGCUGUUCCUAGCACUGCACUCUUCUGGACAGAAAGAUCUGAUGUUGCUCUUGGGAUUUGUUGGAGCCGUUCUCCAAGCUUAGGAGUCACAAAUGUCUACCACUACUGGGACCACUUUGGUCUUACUUUCCAUAUCCUCUAUAGUUCCUCCUUCAGGCCCUGGUACUUCUCCAGUUUCUCCUUCUUCCUGUUGCUGUCACUUGGCACUGCUGCAUCUGUCACCACCGCUGCCUUCUGGCCCUUGUCUACUACCAUGAUGUCUGAUUGAUUGGCUAGUACCUGCCUGCCUGUCUGAACGUAGAAGUCCCACAGGAUCCAGAAUUGAUGGAAAGCUGUCUCUCUCUCUAUGGCAGUUUGGCUGUUCCUUUACCAUGUGGGAUAAAGCAAGGUACAAUUUUGAUGUUCCCACCAUGGACUGAGCUUCUGGUGAUGGUACAGAUGCCCCAGCAUGUGCAGGUGUGAUUGCUUUAUUUAGCAAGCCUCACCCAGGUUUUGGUGGUACGGGAUGUGGCUCUUCCUAUAACAAUAUUUUUGUCACAAGGUUGGUCAGUGUUGUGUGACGGACAGCCCACAAUGCAGAUGAUAUAGCUCAGAGGCCUCUGAGAGAAAUCUCCUCAGACAUGGCAUUCACAUGCAGGUGAGUGCUGCAGUUCACAUAAAGCUUUUUCUUUCCAGUUUUUCUCGCCUCUGUAUUCUGUACAUGAUAUGUCAAGCCUCUGGCCCCAAAUUUCUGAACAUCCUACUUACUCAUAAGAUACGCAUGCAUGUACUUGCGCGCGUGCGCGCACACACACACACACAUUAAGUGCCUCAUUGCUUCUUGCUAUUUAUGUCUGAGAGGAAAUUCUCACUCAAACUUGUAGUCCUCUAGUUAUGUCUCACUUGGUCCCCUUUGUGAUAUGAAGAAUUUAAUGACAUACCCAUCUUUUCCUGCCUCUAUUUUCUAAGCGAAGUAUUCUUUAGCACAUAUGCUGGUACAGCAAUGAAUGAUGCAUGGGUCUAAUAUACAUAUUUGGAGUAGCCUUUGAUUACAUUUGUUUUGAUACUUGUAGUUACGUUAAUAGAAUUGGAUGCCACAGAAUUUAUUAAAAAAAAACAACUUA